AGCGGGCAAAGUAUCAGUUGAAUCGUUGAAUUCUCUGCAGCGCGAGAAAAAGAAAUAACCAUGAAAUUCUUGACUGUGUUCGCUGUUCUUUGCCUCGUGGCUUACUCCACUCAGAGCCCAUUGUACAAGGAUUGCUACGACAGCGUGAAGGAACUCUUCAAUGAGAGUCAGUGCAUGAACAUCGAGUGCUUCUCCUUCAAGAACGAGACUAUCAGCAUCGCCACGUUGACCGCCAACACUUGCCCGUUCCUAAGAUGCGAGGAGGGUAAGAAACUGAAGGAUGUAACUCCAGGCAACGAAACCGCCGUCUACCCUGGCUGCUGCGAUACCCCCGUUUGCCAAUAAGCAAUCUAGUUCGCCAUGUUUCACCUUGAUAGAACAAUUGAAUAAAUUGCAUUUC